AUGGCCAAUAACAACAAUGGCGAUGUCAAACUGAUCGGCGCGUGGCCGAGUCCGUUCGUGAUGCGCUCAAGGAUCGCCUUCAACAUCAAAUCCGUCGAGUAUGAGUUCCUCGAGGAGAAAUUUGGGUCCAAGAGCGAGCUCCUCCUCAAAUCCAACCCCGUCCACAAGAAAAUCCCCGUCCUUCUGCACAACGACAAACCCAUCUGCGAAUCCAACAUCAUCGUCGAGUACAUUGACGAGGUUUGGUCCGCCGGCCCUUCAAUCCUCCCCUCCGACGCCCACGACCGCGCCGUCGCACGCUUCUGGGCUGCCUACGUCGACGAAAAGUGGUUUCCGAACGUGAGAGGGGCGUUAAAUGCGUCGAGCGAGGAGGCGAAGAACGCGGCGGUGGGUCAGCUAAAGGAAGGUAUGGCGCUGCUGGAGGGAGCGUAUGAGGAAAUCAGCAAAGGGAAGGAUUUCUUCGGCGGGGAGAAGAUUGGGUUUAUCGACAUUGCGUUUGGGAGCAUGUUGGCAUGGCUGAGAGCUCUGCAAGUGAUGCUUGGAGGAGUGAAGCUUCUCGACGAGGAGAAGACGCCUGGUUUGUGUAAAUGGGCGGACAAAUUCUCGGCCGAUCCUGCUGUGAAGGACGUCCUGCCUGAAACCGACAAGAUCAUCGAGUUUGCUAAGCUCCUCGUUGCUAAGAACAAAGCUGCAGCAGCGUCCUCUUAGAAGAUUUUUUUUUAUAAAGAGCGUCCUCUUAGAAGAUGGAUAUGUGUCUGGGCGAUUGUUGUCUUUUGGGUCUGUUUUCCAGCUUUAUGUUGUUGUUCUUUCAUGUUAAAUCGAGGGAAUUGGGAGCUAUCUAUCCCCUUUAUGUUUUACUCUGUUUUGGUCAUCGAUCACACAAUAAAAAUGAG